AUGUCUGACAAGCUGAUGGCCCUAAAGAAGCCCCUGGCAUACACGGAAUUCAGGGCAGUUGAAAAAGCUGCUGGUUGUGGAACACAGGCAGUGCCUGACCUUGAGGGGCUGCCCUCACUUGGGGCACUUCUCUGCUGCUCUCACAGCCGGGUGGGUGAACAGUCCGUCCUUAAGCUCUGUCGUUUUAAUUCCGAGUUUCCCGUUAACAGGGUCACCUUGUCCUCCACGGACUGUUACAUUGUGCACGAGAUCUACAACGGGGAGAAUGCUCAGGACCAGUUUGAGUACGAGCUGGAGCAGGCCCUGGAAGCGCAGUACAAGUACAUCGUGAUAGAGCCCACGCGCAUCGGGGACGAGACGGCCCGAUGGAUCACCGUCGGGAACUGCCUGCACAAGACGGCCGUGCUGGCGGGCACCACCUGCCUCUUCACCCCCCUGGCACUUCCAGUAGAUUAUUCUCACUACAUCUCCCUGCCCGCUGGAGUGCUGAGCGUGGCCUGCUGCACCCUCUACGGGAUCUCGUGGCAGUUUGAUCCCUGCUGCAAGUACCAAGUCGAGUACGAUGCCUAUAAACUCUCCCGCCUGCCCCUGCAUACGCUCACCUCGUCCACCCCCGUGGUGCUGGUGAGGAAGGAUGACCUGCACAGAAAGAGACUGCACAACACGAUAGCACUCGCUGCCCUGGUGUACUGUGUAAAGAAGAUCUAUGAACUCUAUGCUGUAUGACUUCAGCAGGGAAGAGAGAAACCCACAAAGACAAGUGUAUUAAGACUCCCACAGUAACAUUUUGUUUUUCCUCUUUGAGAAGCAGUGGAGACUGGGAAGGAUUUGGUUUAAUAGAGCUGUUAUUUUUCAAAUAACACAUCACUGGUGCACCAAGGUUUUUCAGUUCUUCGUUACACUUGAGAUGUGGAUGUGUGGUGACUUGAGAUCCGUAUGUUAGGCCAGGGGAGUCCAAUCCAGCAGCGGAAUGUGGAUGAAAUAAAGCAAUAGAAAGAGGGGGUGUGAGAGCUGCUUUUUUUUUUUUUUUUUUGGAAACAAUUAAGUAUAUUGUUUAAUUGUAUUACACAGAACCAGCCAGAAGUUAUCAUUGACCAUUAAAGGAUGAGAAUUUC